CUUUAAUUAUCUUUUAUAAGAUUCGUAAUAAAUAUACUUAAUAUAUUCAUAUAAAUAAAUGACCAUUCAUUUCUUUGUCUCCCCUUCUUCACUUGCUCUACUAUGCUCUAAAGAUCUCUCUCUCUUUCUUUCAAUUUUUUUUCCUCUAUUUGAAAAAAGAAAAAAAAUGAAUAUCUCUCAAAACCCUAGCCCUAAUUUUCCAUUCUUCUCCGAUGAAAACUUUAUUAAUCCUUUCAUGGAUAAUUUUGAUUUCACCGAUUUGAUUUUUGAUGUUGGUGAAGGAGGCAACAAUGGAUUCAUCCAAGAGGAAACUUCAUCUCCGGUAAGCAUCGUUUCGUCGGAGACAUUUACCGGUGAAAGUGGUGGGUCCGGCAGUGGAAUAACGACGUUAAGUAAAAAGGAAUCAACGUUUGGUUGCAAAAGUAGGGGAAGUAAAGACGGUGAGACGAAGGAGACGGGUCAUAGAGUUGCAUUUAGAACAAGAUCAAAGAUUGAUGUGAUGGAUGAUGGUUAUAAAUGGAGGAAGUAUGGGAAGAAAUCUGUGAAGAACAACACUAACAAGAGGAAUUACUACAAAUGUUCAAGUGAAGGUUGCAUAGUGAAGAAGAGAGUAGAGAGAGAUGGUGAAGACGCAGCUUAUGUGAUUACAACCUAUGAAGGAGUGCAUAACCAUGAGAGUCCCUCGCAUGUCUAUUACAAUGACAUGGUUUUCUCAUAUGAUCAUGAUAACUGGAACCAACACUCUCUUCUUCAGUCUAUCCAACAAAUAUCUCCUCCAUAUUGAAAAUUUUUAGAUACCUACCAUCAUCGUCAUCCCAUUGUAUGAUAUUACUCCCUUGUGUAAUCUCAUAGGUAUAGUAAUGAAGUUUGUUUAUUUCGCUUAUAACUGUUUUUAUAAUGUAAAUGGUUAUGAAACCUUUUGUAAGUUAUCUAGAUAUCAAAAAUAUCAAUGCGUAAAUAGUUCAUAA